AAAGGAAUGGAAAGGUAAAGCAAACUUUGGAUCCAAAAUGGAUUAACAAUAAAGGUAAAUAAUAAUAAGAUUAUGAUUACAAAAUUACUUUAUUUCACAUAAAGAAAAACUGAAGAACAAAAUAAUUUUUAUUUUCAUUUGGGCAACAUUGCGUAUGAGUAUUGUAUUUAUCAAUAUUACUCUUAAAAACAUAAAUUUUUUAAAGAAAUAUACAAAAUAAAUUUUAAAAGGUAUUUCAUUAUUCGGUUCCUAAGUCCUAUCCUUUAUUUCACGUUUGUUUUUUUGUUGUUUUUAUCUUUUUUGUUUUUCCUUUUUUCGAGCAAUCAAAGAUAAUUUUCCCAUUACUCAUGUAAGAUGCUCCAGUUUUUCGCCCCCAGCCCGUCUAUCAAUAUCUCUACCUCUGUCGCACCCACAGUCCGUCUCUUUUUUUCGCAUUUAAUUUGAAAGUCUUGGCCUGAUGCUAUCAUAUGUCGCUUGUAGUAUUAUUCUCCGCUUCCCGGAACUACAUGUUUCACCAAUGCCGCAAAUUAUGGACCAUCCCUUCACUCCGCCAGUCCAAGAAAUUCAGUUUUGAUAAAGGAAACAACAGCCUCCGGAAAGUUCUUUGUGCCAGUUCAAUUUGAAUUUUCGGUAGCAACUGCUGACACGACAGCAGACCGCGAAAAAUCUAGAAAAAAUCUGAAGAGUAGCCCAGUUUUGCAGGUCCUCAAUCUGGAAAGUUCCGACUUGGACACUUUGACGUUUUGCAAAUUGAAAGUUUUCACCCGUAUUGACCUGCCCAGGAAUGCGUUUGUUGUGGUUUCUACUCCUGUUGGCUUACAUUGGCUGUAGCCCAGCUGUUUCAGCUUUGCGUUGCUACCAAUGCGAGGACUGCGACGAGAAUACCCAGCUUAGUGACAUGGAAGUGUGUAAUGGGCCACUUAUGAGUGGUAAUGGACAGGGAACACCUGCCAUUUCCAGUCCAAGCCCGAGUCCCAGUUCGAGUUCGAGUUCAAGUCCAAGUCCUGCUCCGUCUCCUUCUCCUUCUUCUGCUGCAUCGCCAUCUCCAUCUGAUGUCAGCGAAGAAGAGGAAGACUAUGAAAGCGAAGAGUCAGCUACCAUAGGCAUUAUGCCAGCAGGAAACGGUGUACCCGGAACCGGAGCCGGAAAUGGCGGAGAAGCUGCAGCAGCCACCGGUGGUGAAGCCGGAGAAAUUGUCAGCGAAGAGGAGGAAGAAGAGGACGAAGAUGAGGAUGAGGAGCGACGCAAACGGAGAUCAAUUGCCCGACAGGUUGACCUCGAUAUGCCAAUCGACUUUUGCUAUACAGUGAGACUCAAACUGAACGAAUCGAUGAUCACCAAGGGCUGCACCACCGCCAGGAUGAGCAAUCAGACGGGUGGAUGCGACGGACUCUUCGAUAACUGGACCGUGGCUGGGUGUCAGCUGUGCCAGGACGACGGAUGCAACCAGCCCAUCAACCAGGAGUCCUCCAGUAGAAAUCUCGGACAAUCUUGGACUUUACUAGCACUCACGCUAAUGGCAUUUAUGAUCUAAUAUUACCUUUGGCCAAUUAAUUUGGU